AUGACAAGAGAUCUCUGGCAGGCGGGUGUCCCGGAUUUCACCGAGUCCAUCGUGAAGGCGUCCACCUACCUGCCAGCCAGCUCUGUGGCGACCGGCUGCAAGUAUGACAAGCUAAGGCUUCUGGUCUUCAAGCCAGACAACUACGAGAACUUCAAGGCUAUGGACUUCCCCGACCUGUCAGAAAUGGAUUUGGAUCAUUGGAAUGGAGAUUUGAAGCUUGGCUCUGGAGUUGGACAGUCAUGA